AUGUCUCAUUCCAAUCACCCCCAUGCGCGCCAUCCUGGUGAUCCAUCGUCAUUGUUGUCUAGACUGCACCCACCGGGUCCCUCCCCCUCAAAUCGAAAAUCAAACAAGCCCAAGGGCCGUCUCGCAAGGUCUGGUAAUGCAUCACGGACAGUCAUUCCUGGACCCGUUCACAACAUGGCCUAUAUCACCCAAGCGUUCAAAACUAGACCAUUGAAAUGGGGCGAUGAUCAGCCAAAGUCGCCCUUGAACAACUUCUUGAAGGAUCAUUUGCACAAAUCGCUUAAUAUUACCUUUGAGGAAGGAACGAGUUCACUUGGCCAGAGCAUCUGGAGGGCGGCAGUACGCAUAGAGGACGAAGGUCUUGACAUCACCGCCUACGGUGAUGAUGCAAACAAGAAAGAGGCUGAGAGACUGGCAGCACUAUCUGCUUUGUACCAAUUAGAUGCAAAGGGAGUGUUCGAAAAAUCGUACAAAAAGCCAAAGGCCGAGGAGACGUUGUCUCCAUCCAAAAUCACACUAUCAGACGGUGCUGUGGUUGAAUACGAACGCGCGCGCCAAUUCAUGGACUAUUACUGUCGCAGAUUUGGUUUUGGAAGGCCGGACAUAACCUAUGUACCAAUCAAUGCGCGGGGUUCGCGCAGUGGUACCACGACCUGGCAGGCAGACAUGACUGUUGGUGGACGCCGUAUUGGCUUCGGGAAAGGCACCACCAAAAAAACUGCAAUGACUACUUGCUACGUGGAUGUGACGCAGUAUCUCGAGGAGUGCGAUCCUGCCGUGUGGAAGCAGUUUGUGGAGGAUGCCAAGACCGGCAAGGACAUUGGCAUGGCACCGAGGGUGCUAUUUCAGAUUGACGAUGCCCUCGAGGACCAGAUACACGAUCUAUGCCAAGACAUAAAGGCGAGUUCGCUCUACAAAAACCGACCAAAAAUCGGUUCGCACAAAAUGGGCGACGAUGCGCCUGAUGCGGCCUCUUUUCAGGCCGCUGCCCCACUACCGCUGUUAUAUCGUCGACCGGUCCCUACGACGUAUUUGGAGGACAAGUCAGAACGGCUGCGGGAACAGAAAAGGAAGUACUUGAAUGAUCCCAAGUUGGAACAUAUGCGAAUCACCCGUGCUGCUUUGCCUGUGUACACUAAAGCCGAGGACCUGCUGGAGCACGUCCGGACACAUGACGUGACUAUCUGUAUGGCAGCCACGGGAUCGGGGAAGACGACUCAGAUUCCGCAGCUUAUUCUCGACGAGUGGAUUGCGAAAGGUGAAGGCGCAAAGUGCAACAUCGUGUGCACACAGCCUCGACGGAUAGCCGCUAUCAGUGUAGCAGAGCGUGUAGCGAAGGAGCGAGGGGAGAACGCCGGCAGAGGCUCUACGGUUGGCUACCAGGUCCGAUUUGAAGCCAAUCUACCGGACGAAUAUGGGUCGAUCACCUUCUGUACGACUGGAAUCUUCCUGAAGCGGAUGCAAUCCUUCAUGCUCGGCGACUCGACAGUCGGUCGGGAUCUAGACGAUGUCACGCAUGUCGUCGUGGACGAAGUCCACGAGCGUGACAUUGAUACGGAUCUGCUUCUAGUCGUGCUGAAGCGCCUUCUGGCUGACCGCAAAGCGAGGAACAAACCAUUGAAGGUCGUGUUGAUGAGCGCUACCAUCAAUCCCACACUCUUCCAGGAGUAUUUCCCAGACAAGACUGGUGCACCUGCAAGUGUCACCGAAGUCCCCGGUCGCGCGUUCCCUGUACAGAAGAAUUUCUUGGACGACUUCGUCCCUCAGUUGGCCAGUAACCCGUCGAAUUCUUGGGUAUUCCAGGAAGAGUCGGUGCAGAAAUACCUUGCUCAUCAGAUGGGUCCAGCCGCCCCUCAGGUUCCCGGCCAGAGAAACCUGAGACAUAGUCUUCCUGACGCAACAAGUCUGUCUGCAGACGGUGCUCAGGAUGAUGAUCUUGAAUUGCCCACACCGCUACUUGCUUUGACGGUCGCCCAUGUAAUCCACAACUCGACCGACGGACAUGUGUUGGUGUUCCUACCUGGAUGGGACGAUAUCUCGAACGUCCAGAAAUGCCUGCUGGACAGUCGAUCGCUCUACGGCAUCAACUUCAACGAAAGGUCGAAGUUCAACAUUCACUUGUUGCACUCGAGCAUCCCGAUCGCCGAGCAACAAGUCAUCUUCGAUCCACCUCCGGAUGGUGUUCGGCGCAUUAUUCUUGCGACCAAUAUUGCGGAAACAUCUGUGACAAUCCCAGAUGUCGUUUAUGUGGUGGAUAGUGCGAAGAUCAAGGAACAGCGUUAUGAUCCCGAGCGGCAUAUCUCGUCCUUGGUGUCUGCGUGGGUUGGCUCCUCCAAUCUUAAUCAGCGAGCUGGCCGUGCUGGACGUCAUCGACCAGGAGAGUACUAUGGAAUACUUACCCGCAAGUUUGCCGAUGAACUGCAUCCGCAUCAGACAGUGGAGAUGAAGCGGGUCGAUCUGAGUAACGUCGUCAUGCAUAUCAAAGCUCUCAAUUUCCCGGGUAUGACGGUCGAGGAGGUCCUAGCAGAAACUAUUGAACCACCUGCCCCAGAGCGAGUUGAAGCGGCGGUCAAGUCAUUGCAGAUGGUUGGUGCUUUGGACUCACACAACAAUCUCACAUCUUUGGGCCGUGUGCUGCUUCAACUUCCAGUAGACGUGCAGAUGGGCCGGCUUGUAUUGUACGGGUGCUUCUUCCGUUGUCUAGACCAAGCUUUGACUUUAGCGGCCAUCUUGACCAAUCGGGACCCUUUCGUAUCCCCUUUCCAUCUCAAGGCUGAGGCAGCUGCGAAGAAGAACUCUUGGAGCCCCGAAGAAUUCCGCUCGGAUGCCUUAACUGUCUUACGUGCUUUUAAUGCAUGGUGGGACCUCCAGAAACGGGGUCAUUACAUAUCUGCGAACAGAUUCUGCAUGGAUAACUUCUUGGCGAAGCCGACUCUGCUCAUGAUACAGAAGAUUAAAGAGCAGCUCCUUCAAUCCGUGCACCAGGCAGGCGUUAUCACCGUCUCAGCUGGAGGAAGUGUGAUGUCACGUCCGCACGGGUCCUUCAAAGGCCAGUCUUAUGUGGUUCCAGACGAGCUUGACCGAAAUGCAGAUUCUAUGCCUUUACUCGCUGCUUUAAUUGCAAUUGCAUCGCAGCCCAAGUAUGCCAUCCGAACCUCGGAAAGGGUGUACCGGACUGCUGUAGACAAGUCGGUCUUCAUACAUCCUUCGAGUGUCAAUCAUCGCAAAAGAGAGACACUCGAGCAAGAUGGAAAUACUGCGGUCACCGAAAAGCAAAUUAUUGCCUACGCAGAGAAGCGCCAGAACAUGUCCACUGGCUCCUCAAAUCCUCAGAAGUUCCUUGUGACAACUACCCGAUUGGAUCCACUUACAUACAUCCUAUUUGGGGCGUAUGAUAUUGAAGUGGUUGCACGGGGGUUAGAAUGUGACGGUUGGCUUCCUGUUAUCGGCCGACAGGACGCUUUGGACGACGUCGAACGCCUCAAGACACUCAUGGAGUCAUGCAUGCUGCGCGUGUUCGAGGGGAUCGUUGCUGGAAAGACUCAGCAGGGCAGGCGCGCUCUCCCCGAACGCAGUGACAAUCACGAGGAUGAAUCGGGUGACGAGGAUGACAAUGACAAGGUUUUACCGUUGUCGGACGUCGAGAUCAAGGAACUUGAUCUGAUGACGCGCGACAUAGUGCGCGUCCUAGACCGCUACAACGAUUACCGCAUAGCCACUCAAUCACGACACAACUCACGACCUGCGACUCCCAUGGACUCCCCCUCUUCCGUGUCAGGUCGACUACCUCCUUUCAGUGGCUCCAGGUCCGGGUACUCGACGCCGUAUAACAUGACAUCUUCGUAUAAUACGCGACCGAGCACUCCCAGUCAAUUGUCUCGGCGAUACUGA